CAAGGCAGAAGACAACAGCGGAUAGCAAACUUCUGUCUCAUGUCGUCGUCUGCGUUUCCGGUCAACUUUGAGGACAAGGACGAUCCCUGGACACCGCGCGAGGGCACGACUGGUGCAGUGAGCAUUGGUGCGGGUAGUAUUAGUAGUGACUAUAGUCAUCAAGGAACUACCCACGGCACAGGCGAGGAACAGCUGACGGACGCACAAAUCUCUGCGCUCCUUCCUCCAUUGCCAGAACAGCAGGACCCAGGCCUGGCUCACCUCGAGCGAAAGCUGGACCGGCUGAGAAAUCCCCGCACAAGUGCAACCAUGAGUGGCCCAAGGAUGCUCAAGGAGAUGGAGCGAUCAACACAGCACCAACAACCCCACCCAGCUGCUAGCACAUCCACAGAGGCGACGUUCAACACACUUCGGACCAACGAUGAUCAAGCACGAGACGCAAGUUCGGAGUGGGAUUCGAGCGAUGACGACAAUGGCUAUGCAGAUCUAGGGGACAGCACGGCAGAGCAGGCAAGCAUGUCCACGUGCGGUUGGCUGCUGUGGUGCUGCACAUGCGGCUGCUUCCGCCAGCGAUCGAAGCAGCGGCCAAGGUUCCUCGGCACGGGCGUACGGCGCAUGCCAAAGUCCAUGGACUACAGACCACUGCUCGCCAGCGACGAUGAGGAUGAUGAGGAUGUCAUCUUCUCCUCCAUCACAGGCACGCCGUCCUCCAAGAACGUGUUUGACGCGGCCGCACACAGCUCCCCCCGAUCACACCAACCACCACGAAGCGUCUUUGCCCUCUCAGACUCUGACUCUGACACUUCCUUCACCCCAGACGCAACACCCGUCCUCUAGUGCCUCUGCGUGUGUGUGUGUGUGUAUGUGUGUGUGUGUGUGCGUGAACAAAGAUCUGCUUGUGCAGCCAUGCAGCAGCCAUGCAUGCACCAUCGUUACUUUGCGCCCACCUCAACUUGCUUGCUCGCUUGUUGCUUGCUUUGCCUCCUCUUCUUCCUUGCUUGGCUGUGGCGGUUUUGGAAAAUCAAAUGAAAUCAUUCAUAACAA